CCGCGAGUUCCUGUUGUGGUCGGAAUGGUUGUCACACAUGACAUGUGCCUCUAAAACAUAUAUUUAUAUAUUUCAGUUACCUCUAAUGUGGUUAGUGUUUUGUUGAAUUUAAAGUGUGACCUCCUUAAGGUUGUGUCUGAGGAAAGAUGGUGUUUUACUUUACAAGCGACGUUGUCUCACCAACCUAUACCAUUUACAUGGGUAAAGACAAAUAUGAAAAUGAAGAUCUUAUAAAAUAUGGAUGGCCUGAAGAUAUUUGGUUCCAUGUGGACAAACUCUCAUCUGCCCAUGUAUAUCUCAGAAUGCCCAAGGGUACAAUGGUAGAAGACAUACCAAAAGAAGUCCUAAUUGACUGUGCACAGCUGGUGAAAAACAACAGCAUUCAAGGUUGCAAAAUGAACAAUAUUAAUAUUGUCUACACACCGUGGAGCAAUCUAAAAAAAACUGCAGACAUGGAUGUCGGGCAGAUUGGAUUUCAUAGACAGAAGGAGGUGAAAAUUGUGGCAGUAGAGAAGAAAAUUAACGAAAUCGUAAACAGACUGGAGAAAACAAAAGAGGAACGCCACCCUGAUCUUGCAGCUGAGAAGGAGUCUAGGGACAGAGAGGAGAGAAAUGAGAAGAAAGCUCAGAUACAAGAGCUGAAAAAGAGAGAGAAGGACGAAAUUAAGAAGAAAAAAGAUAUGGAGGAAUUAAGGAAUUAUUCAUCACUCAUGAACAGUGACAACAUGACCACAAAUGAGGAUUGCUAUGAUUCAGAUGACUUCAUGUAAAGGAAUAGAUCUGCGAUAAAGAAGAACCAACAUCUUUCCCUACAGUAUCUUCAAUUAACGAUCUUUGGUAUUAUCGGAAACAGUACUUGUGCCAAUAAAGCACAAUGCCAUGACUUUCUAUAGCUGUUGGCUCCACCAUUCCUUUGAAAAUACUAAUAAAAUAAGUCAUGUAAAGAAUGCUCUGUGAAUGAUAAGACUAAGUAGAUGGCUUAGAUCAACAAGAAUUUGGAGAAUUCUGUAUGUUAAGUUUGGUUACUGGGCUCAAUGAAUUAAAGCGUGUUAGUGUGCAGAUGUUUUACUUAGUGUACAGUACACAUCCAUAAGAACAAGACAGAAUUUGUGAUUAUGCAAUGACUCCUGCAAGGUAUAUCACUUAUUAAAUUAUUCCCUCUUAUGACAUUCUACAAUAAAUAAAUUUUUCUCAGUUCAUUUUCUUAUC